UAGAUAUAUCUAUGGGGGUCUGAUCUAGGGCCUACUUCGAGGUGUCUCAGUUAAAUAUGUCCCCAGCCGGUUUAUGGAACCAGCGACGGUACGUAGGUCGCAAUUGGCUAGCGUAAUGCAACAACGAAAAUGGCUGCAAAGAGCGACGUGUUGUCUGAAAUUGAGGUGCUUCAGUCAAUUUACCUGGAAGAACUGCAGGUUAUCAAGAGAGAUGACGGGGGAUGGGAGGUGAGCUUGGUGUUAUACCCUUCCACGGCUGAAGACUCCCUCUCUCAGUUUGUCCGACUCACCCUAACUUUGAGUUUAGACUCUCAGUACCCAUCUUCUCCUCCGUGCAUAUCCAUACAUUACCCCAGGGGGCUUUCCGAUGACAAGCUGAGAAGUGUGCAAAAUUGUCUGCAAACAGAGGCAGAGUCUUGUCUGGGUUCACCUGUGUUGUACCAGCUUAUUGAGAAAGCCAAAGAGAUUCUGACUGAGAGCAAUAUUCCCCAUGGGAAUUGCGUCAUUUGUCUUUAUGGAUUUAAGGAAGGGGAAGCGUUCACUAAGACAAGCUGUUACCACUAUUUUCACUCCUAUUGCUUGGGCCGCUACAUCACCUACUCUGAGAACGAGCUCCGAGAGCGGGAGAAGGAGCUGGAGGAAGAUAAAUCCAGGGAGAAGUUGGACGAGGAGCUAACAGUUGUUUGCCCAGUGUGUAGAGAGCCUUUCACUUAUGAUGUUGACCAACUUCUGAUGUCCCCUGCCCCAUGCUUUCCAAAGAUGGAGGGAGCAAUGCUUGGAGCGGAGUUUCGGAAGAAGUGGCGGGAAUAUCAGACGCUUUUGGAGCGACAGAAGGCCAAGGGUGGCAUUAUUGACCCGGAGGCCGAGUCUAACCGCUUCCUCAUACAUAUUAAUGAGCCUGAUAGAAGUGAUAGCACUGAAGUUGAUGUCACCCUGAGCCAAUCUCUGCCCUCCCAUCUUGCUGCUUUUCCAAAUCAAAUAAGUGCCACUCAAGAUCAGCAGCACUCUGGCCAAUCACAUCGCAGGAGCGGUCCAGGUCACAGGCGACAGGGUCAAUCUAAAGGGUUCAGGAGAGUAGGAGGGGGGAGGCCUCAUCAUUGGAUACCUACUCCUCCCACGGAGCACCUGGAAAAACUCACUCUGUCAUCAGUGAAACAUGACCACUUCCACAAUUCUCCUGCCUAUUGUUCUGAUGCACCAACAAAAGUAAAGCUUCAGGGUAGCCCAAGCCAUCAGAAACCAGGAAACUCACAGCUAACCCAACCAGUGAAGGCAGAAGGGGAGGGCUACGUAGUCCUAAGCCAACAAGGAGUUCUGGAAUCUGGUUCUGGACAUUCCAGCACCAAAUUAAGCCUAGAUGAUUCGAAAACCGAUGGCCAAAGAGGUGCUCAAAACUCUGAGAGGGGACGUGGGAAGAGAUGGGGGCUUCGUUCGGGUCAACAGCCUGGCCAAUGGCAGGAGAGGCGUUGCAGAGGAACUGACCAAUGGGAUGCCCCGGAGGGCCUGUACCACCACCCCUGGGCUGGGCGAGGGGAGAGGAGUAGGGGCAGAGUCAACAGUCCUCGUAGUAGAGAAGGUAGGGCUCGCCAAGGAAACGAGAGAGUCUUUUAUCAGAAAGUGAUGGAGGGCGAAGUGGGGAGUAAAGGGGUGCUAUGACAAAGAGCUGUAACCCUAACCCUAAGGACCUACGAACAUAUGUAUACUAACCUCAAUAAUCAGCUUGUGUAUAAAGUUAUACUUCAACAAUGAA